CUCGACCAUUCAAUCCAAAACUCAAGUGUCGCGCUAUGACCGACUGGCGCAGAAAAUGGGAUCAACCUGGCGACGACGACAUUACAAGGAGAGGUGAAGAAGGCUCAAAGAGCGCGGAAGCCGCGGCUGCUGCAGCAGCGAUUGCCGCGAAGAUCGCUGCGCAAUUCGCGAACCCUGGAUCUGCGUCUGGUAUCCUUGGUCCAAGAGACCCCCAUGAUGCUGCCUUCACCUACGACAUUGAAAUCAAUGAUGUUCGCAAUCGAUAUGUUUUGACGAAAGGCACUACACAGACACAAAUUAACCAGGAGACUGGCGCUUCAGUGACGACCAAAGGAGUAUGGUACCCCGACAAAUCUAAGGCCACCGAGAAGGACCCACCUCUGUAUUUACAUAUUUCCGCCAAUACAGAGGAGCAGCUGAAUGCUGCGAGGGAGAAGGUGGAGGAGAUCAUAGCCAUGGAACUCGGGUUAACCGAAAAAAAGGAUGACCGACCCCAACGACGAAAAUGGCCUGAGGCGAAGCUAGCUGUCGGUCUUGAAAGUAUUCGACUAUUUAACGUGCGGGCCAAGGUUGUCGGUCCUCAGGGCGCCUUCGUGAAGUACAUCCAGCAAGAAACAGGGACGAGGGUGCAAAUAAAAGGGCUUGGCUCCGGCUUUGUUGAGGCCGACACGCAAAAGGAAGCGGACGAGCCAAUGCAUAUUCACAUCACGGGUCCGGAUGAGGGGCAGGUGGAUAGAGCGAAGGUCUUGACGGAGGAUCUCCUCGAAGUGGUCCGCGCCGAGUGGGCAAAGGCGAAGGCAAUAAUGGAUCAACAGCAAAUGGAGCUGCAACAAGCCCAGGCCCAGUACGCAGCCUAUAACGCCUACAACGGAUAUGCGCCUCCACCUCCCGCCGACGCACCACCACCACCACCCUCCGACGUACCGCCACCGCCACCACCUGACGGAACUGCACCACCACCUGGAGGGGCUGGAACAGGCCCCCCAUCGGCUUCAACAUCUCCUGGCUCUCAGCAAGACUGGACGGCUUACUGGGCCGCAUAUGGUUACGACACAAAUUCUGAUGCUUUCAAGGAAUGGCAGAAGCAGGCACAGGAACAGUACGCUGCCUAUUACGCUGCCUACGCCCAACAAGGAGCGCAGGCACCUUCUCAACCAGAGGGUUCGCCAGUGCCUCCACCUCCGGCCCCUUCCGAUCCACCUCCGCCACCACCUCCUUCAUGAAACAGGAAGUGACUGUGUGUUAUAUGCGAUGUUGAAAGGCUCAAGCUAAACCGCGAGACUUGACAAUUUAACGAUUGCUUUUGUUAUCAUUAUUCAAACAAAGG